AUGGCAGAGGCACGAGAGUCAGACGUCAAAAAGAAGAUCAAAAAAGCUUUUCAAGUGUUUGAGUUUGAAGGCAAGGUGGACGUUCGCGAGAUUGGAUCCAUCGUCUCUACAUUGGGUUGCUUCCCCACUGAGGCACAGCUGCACAACUUCAUAGCUCAGGUGGAAGAGGACGAAACCAAAUAUGUCCAUUUCGACAAGUUCCUUCCGGCGAUGACUGAAGUGUUACUGGAGAAAAAGUUUCCUCCCAUCUCUGAUGAAUUGCUGAUUCAGGCGUUUGAGGUUCUGGAUAUAGAAAAGAAAAACUACCUGGAUUAUGACCAACUGGUGCAGUAUAUGACCACGGAAGGUGAGCCUUUCACGCAGGAGGAGAUGAAGGAGAUGCUUGAAGCACAUGGCGAUCCCGAGAAGAAAGUCUUCUAUUGUAAAGAUAUGAUCAGCAAACUGACAUUUGACCCUGACACUAGGUAAUGUCAGUGUAUGUCUGCUGAGAAGCAUCACA